GGACCUUUGAGUUCUUCGAAGCUGAUGAGUAUCCCAUCUCCUAUUACGCAUAUCACAGGUGAUCUUUGAAUCAAGAACCCUAAAUUCAUCUCCCACCAGAUUCUAUGUUGGCUCGAAUUUGAAGAUUGAAGUCUUUUCUCCUCUUUUCUCCGCCCGCCUGCCUUCAACUAAGGUUCUUCCCCGCUAAUAGCUGCUCUUUUCUUUACCAUACCCCUUUCAAAAUUUAAAUUCAUGACUUGACAUUAUAGUCAGCUGUAAACAAUAAUUGAAAGGAAAUGAUCGUGCCCUUUGGAAAUUGAAGAAAUUUUGUGGAGAUAAAGUUGAACACCAACUGUUCGACAUAUUGCUUCGCCUAAAAAGCUGAUAGAUUUUUUUGAUACUCUUUCAUAAAUUGAAAUUUCAAUCUAUUGUAUCCCGAUGUUAGUGAGGAAGAUACUGUCCACCACCAAUUGCGGUGUAAUCUGGAAAGGAUUUGUUCGAUUUUCUUCUUCGAUCAAUCAUACACAUGAAAAAGUAACUCCAUUGCCCGUAGGCAAUAGCAAUAAGAUUCAUGGAAGUGGAUAUCACCUCUCACCAUUGUUCUCUCAUGGUAUACAUCAAAUGGAUGAUUGCAAACUUGAGAUUGUUGAUUCAGAUGCUUGGAAGGUUUCUUCUGACAUAGCUGAGGCAUGGAAAGGAACAAAAAGUUUGUCAGAAAGAAUUACCUUCUUUGAUGAUGAAUCAGUAGAUGAGGCAACUAAUUCUGAUCAAACCUCCAUUGAUUCUCCAGACUUUGAUGAGAUAGAGGAUAUGAGAAUUCGUGGGAGUCUUUUCUAUAAGCUGGAGAGAGAUUCCAAGGAGUAUGAUGAAUACACCAUUGAAUUUCAUCGCAGGAAUGCUUCCCAAAAUAAAAAUGACAAGAAAAAUGUUAGGGAUAAGAAAAGCUUGGAAGGGAAAUCGGUUUCUGGAUCUGAAAAUGGGCAAAAGCUAUUAAAGCUUGUUAGGAAAGAAGCUCUACCUCCUUCCAUUAAUGGAAUGGACACCUUUGUUGGAGAAGGGGGGAAGAAGGAAAGAAGAACUUUGACAUUUAACCAGAUGACAGAUCGAUACCAUGAGCCAUUUUGCUUAGACAUAUUCAUAUCAAAAGCAUCAGUUCGAGCUUGUAUUAUUCAUCGAGAAACUAGUAAAGUGGUCGUGGUGGCACAUUCGAUUUCAAAGGACAUGAAAUUUGAUUUAUCGUCAACCAGGAAUAAAACAGCUUGUUUUGCUAUAGGAGAGGCUUUAGCACAGAGAGCUUUGGCAGAUGAUAUCCACAAUGUGGUUUAUACACCAAGGAAAGAGGAGAAAUUGGAAGGAAAACUGCAGACCGUUCUUCACUCCAUCAUUGAUAAUGGUGUCAAUGUGAAGGUGAAGUUGAAGCAAUGGAAAAUGAAGAAAGCUUCUAGCCAUUAUGGGUAGAUUGGAGCAUCAAAGUUGGGAAAAACAAUGAACUUGAUGGACAAAGAAGGAAUAGAGAUGGGAGAAUUUACACUAAAUAACAAAUGAUUCAAACUCGGGAUAUCUCCUAUAUUGGUCAGCUCUAGCGGUUGUCCAUUUAGCAGCAUGGUUUUGCUAUGAAGGGAACCAUCUUUCGAAGUUAAAUGGUACUCUUCUCUCAAGCUUGGUACAUCCGAUGCUUUGCUUCCCACCCACGAAAAACUUUUCUUAAUUCGGUGAGUGAAAGAUGCUCCAUCAUCAUCGCCAUAGUUAUUUCUCAUGUUUAAGCUGAUGAUGUUCCUCACAUUGACGAUGAAAUCCGUUUGGUGGCUUAGAUUGAUUAAGAGAAGAGUUAUACCCGUCUGUAUGCAAACAAUUUGAAGUUGUUAGUUAUCGUAAACUAGAAACAGGCAUAUCUAUGAAUUGAUGAAUUUCUAAAACAUGCAAAUUUUGUGUUUGAUCUAAAUGAA